AAUGCAUCAAGAAAAAGAGCGUAUUAUUGGAAACCAUAUUUGUAGAAAAUAUAAUCUAAUCUCUUCUCCAAUAUCUGGAAAAUCUGGAAUUGCAGAUAACUAUAAUGAUAUUAUAUUGGACAAUUGUGAUUGGUCAGAUGAGUAUUUGUUUGGAUGUGAAUAUGGUGAAUAUUCUGUUGGUUUUUACAUCUCAAAAGUGGCUUGUGAACCUAAUCUCGAUUUUAAAGAAAAUAGUUUUAGAUUAAGCAGUCCAACUAUUAAUUAUUAUCAAAAUGACAGUUUAACAGAUAAAAAAGAGUUUUUUGGAUAUCCACAAGUAUUUCAGGGUGGAAUGUGGAAAAAUUUACUAGCUUUUCAAAUGAAAUAUCAUAUUCCAAGAUUGAUCUGCAAAUAUUUUGGAUCAGAAGAUGGCUACCUAUAUUUACUACCAACAGCAAUAGAACAUAAACUACAAUUAUAUUUGUCAUUAGAAAUUACUUGUAAUAUUACUGCUCAAUAUUUAAAGGAUUGUCAAAUUACCACACCACUUUAUUCAGGGCUUUUUAAAGAUUCAAAGUUAUCUGAUGUAUCACAAGCAUUUACCUUGAGUUGUUCACACAAAGCAUCAAUGGAUAACACUGAAGUUGAUGGAAUAUCACAAAAUAUAAAAUUUAUAAGAACUUCUUCAAACCUACCAUAUGAUUUUACAACAUUAAUUUCAGACGGAUUUCAUGGAAAUCAUUCUACUCAAUUAGGAUUUUUGAAAAGGUGCGACGAAUGGAGAUAUUUAGAGAAGGAAAAAUUUUGUGACAACCAAUGCAAUUGCUUUGAUAAAACUGAUGAAGAAUGUAAUGAAUAUUUGAAUCCUGAGAAUAAGAAAAUUGAAAGUUGUAGAUUAGAUACUCAGAUUAAAUGCUUAGAUUAUUGCUUACCUUUGCAUAUGAAUUGUGAUAAAUUAAUUCAUUGUCCAGAUGGAUCUGAUGAAACAUCUUGUAGGCAAAUGAUGAAAACUUUUAUCAAAGUGAAAAGUCCAAAUUAUACUGCAAUACUAUCUCCAAAGAAAAAAUGUCAUUUGAUCUAUAAUUCUUUUGGAUACUUAGAAACCAAAAUUCAUGAUCCACGCUAUCCAUUUGGAAUAUUCAACUGUAACAAAAAAUUCUGCCCUGGUGGAUUCUUAUGCACGGAACAUAAAUUUUGCAUUUCAAUAGAAAAUGUUUGCGAUGGAAUUAAUCACUGUUGGAGUAAUGAAGAUGAAUUCAAUUGCAGUAGACUUUAA